CUCGUCCCCUGCCAUGGAGGGCUGCAGCGAGCCGCGACUGGAUGCUAAGUCCGAGGUCACCAACCAGUCAUCUAACAAGAUUGUUCAACGCCUUUAUGAGGAAAAUGGCAAUGAGUGCUAGACGUCCGGUUUCCAGUCUGGCAUAUAAGGAGCGUGGAAUGUGGAAGACAUCACUUCAUCAUAAAAACAAGGAAAAAGCUGAACAAAUUGAAGAGCUAACAACUCUUGGAUCCAUCAGAGAAGUGAGGUUCCAAGGCAAACUGCUCCCUUCAAAUUGGAGAGAUAGAGGUGAAUACGGAGAAUUACAAGUCACCAGAAUAGAAAUCUGUGGAAACCAGUGCCAGGCUUGUAGAUUUUCAGUGGAAGCUGGGUAUGGCUGUGAGCUCGGACAGUUGCAGAUCUCUUAAGUAUCCUUAUGUUGCGGUGUUGCUGAAAGUGGCAGAUCAUUCAGGCCAAGUAAAGAACAAGUCCUUUGAAAUGACAAUUCCACAAUUUCAGAAUUUCUACAGACAGUUCAAGGAAAUUGCUGCAGUUAUAGAAACUGUGUGAAAACUGAUUACUUGGCUGAUAAAUUACUACCAUCAUCCUAAAAUCAUGGACUUCACUUCCUGUAACAAAACUGUAUAAGGGUCAAAUGGUAUUUAUUGAAUGAAAAUUGUACUUUUGUUUUUCCAUUUUUUAAUAAUAAAAAAAUGAGACAAACAGGAAUUAGAUAGUCGUGAUCAAUGCAAAACUUUUUGAAUGUACUAAAAGCUGCUGAAUUGAACGCUCUAAAGUGUGAAUUCUAUGUUAUAUAAAUUUUAUCUCAAUAAAAAAAAUCAGAAAAACAGUUGAAUGAU